GCUCGCUGUGCGCAAGCUCACAGGAAGGGCUCGCUAACCGCUUCCGUGGCACCGAGCAACGUGGAGACCGGCGACUCCGGAGCUUGGGUUGAGCCGCUCGCGGACUCCGUGCGCCUUGCGCUCUCAGUGGACGAGGAAGAGGUGUGUGAGCCUCCGGCUUGUUCCUUCGGCGGCGUCCUCCUGACUUUUUGCGCUCCUGGGCUCUGAGACCAAAAUGGAUGAUUUCAGUGAAGAACUGACAAAGUUUGCCGUGGCAGAGGAUAACCCUGAAACUUGGGUGUUCUCUAAUGCAGGGAUGCAUUUCCCAUGGCUGCAGAAGCACAUUGAAGCUGCAGUGACUGGAGGGAAGAGGAGGAAGGAUUUCGCUCAGACGACAAGUGCUUGUUUAAGCUUUAUCCAGGAAGCCCUGCUGAAGCACCAGUGGCAGCAAGCUGCAGAGUAUAUGCACAGUUACCUGCAGACCCUGGAGGACUCAGACACCUACAAGAGGCAGGCUGCCCCUGAGAUCAUUUGGAAGCUUGGAAGUGAAAUUCUAUUUUACCAUCCCAAAAGCAAUGUGGAGACUUUUAAUAGCUUCGCUGACCGGAUGAAAAAUAUUGGUGUCUUGAAUUAUUUAAAGAUCUCCUUACAGCACGCGUUGUAUCUUUUACAUCAUGGAAUGCUUGAGGAUGCAAACAGAAAUCUAAGUGAGGCAGAGACAUGGCGGUACGGCGAAAAGUCGGCUUCUCAGGCAGUGUUGCUGAACCUCGUUCAGGCCUACAAAGGCCUUUUACAGUACUACAUUUGGUCCAGGAAGAAGACGGAGCUGUCCGAGCUUGAUGAGGAUGACUACGCCUACACCGCACAGACCCGAAACAUGCUCAGCCAGAGCUGCAAGACAUCUACAAAUAUCUGUGCGCUGAUUAAAACCCCGGGGGUGUGGGAUCCUUUUGUGAAGAGUUAUGUGGAGAUGCUAGAGUUCUAUGGUGAUCAAGAUGGAGCCCGAGAGAUGCUCACCAAUUACGCGUAUGAUGAGAAGUUCCCGUCGAACCCCAAUGCCCACGUCUACUUAUAUGAAUUUCUCAAGAGAGAGAAGGCACCAAGGGCGAAGCUCAUAAGUGUUCUUAAGAUUUUACAUGAGAUUGUGCCAUCCCAUACACUAAUGUUAGAAUUCCAUACCUUGCUUAGAAAAUCAGAGACAGAAGAACAUCGGAAACUGGGCUUGGCAGUAUUGUUUGAAGUCUUGGACUUUGCUGGAUGCACUAAGAACAUAACGGCCUGGAAACACUUGGCAGAGUAUCUGAAGCAGACGUUAAUAGAAAGCCGUUCCGAGUGGGUUGAAGAAGAGUGGAAAUCUAGGAGGAGCUGGUGGCCAGCCUUUCACUUCAGCUUCUUUUGGGCGAAGAGUGACUGGAAGGCGGACACUGAUUUGGCUUGUGAGAAAGCUUUUGUAGCUGGAGUCCUCUUAGGGAAAGGUUGUAAAUAUUUUCGGUAUAUUUUAAAACAAGAUUCUGACACCUUGAAGAAGAAAAUCAAACGCAUGAAGAAGUUUGUGAAAAAGUAUACUAUUGUAAAUCCAGGGCUUCACACCUAGAUUUUAACUUAUUUUACAGUUGUCGCUACAGAGUAGUGGUUCGUAUUUUAAUCUUGUGUGUCUGUGCACACACGUACAUGUGCACAUGCGCAUGUGGAAGCUAGAAGUCAGCUGUGUCACUCUGCGGGAGCCUUGCUUUGAGACUGGUCUCUCACUGAGACCUAGGCUCGCCUCUUACCUUGGCUGGCCAGGGUACUCCAGGGAUUCUUAGCUCUGGGAUGGUAGUCGUGGGUACCAUGCCCAGGUUAUUUUUUAUUCAUUUAUUUAUUUGUAUAUGUGUUUAUAUAUGAGUACACAUGUGUACAUGACUUGGCACAAGUAUGACUGGGAGCCUGUAGAGAAGGGGCUGGACACCUGGGGUGAUUUCUGUGAAGAUGAGGGAAGCAGCUACCACCCUGGCCUCUGGUCCUUUGUGUUGUCUCACCAGUGUGCCAGGAGCCACCUCAAAUACUAUCCUGUGUACAGUAGAUCAGAACUCUUGUAGGAGUCUCAGGAGCCUGUGGCACUCGACCUCCUUCCCACUGGUUCCUUCACCAGCUUCAUUUCCACACCCCACAGCUAUUGACGGGUUCUGUUGAGGGGGUAAAGAGGCUAGGAGGAGGCGGUAGAGAAGGAAGACUCCUUUCUCUGUUGGUUUUAACCAGAGCAGGUGAGACCAAGUGGCUCUCCAGUUCUUUGACUCUGGAGGACUGAUCUAAGACAGAGUGCUAGAAGAGGCGUGGCCAACCUUAAGGGCGUGGUGAGCUAAAUAAGAAUCCAACAGUAGAAUCUCUACCCAUGAAGUAACAUCCUACAGGUACUAAGUAAGCUCAGUGGACAGCUUCCCGAAGCCAGAGGCACAUGCCAGACAUGCCCUGAGUUCUGGAGCAGAUUGUGCUGAUAAUGCGUCUGGAGAAUGAUCCUGGCCGUCUUGUGGUUAUUGCUGAAGUCACUAGUACGUGGGUUCCAGGAAGGCUCAGGUGACAAUUUCCCCAAUGGCUUCUAGCUCUACUAGCUUUAAAUAAUGUACAAUAAAAGUGGACAAGUUAUACUUUGUUAAUAAAUUUGUUAGUAGUAUUUUAUCCUUGUGGGAAGGGUCUCAGCAAAUAACUUCAUCCAGGACAGACGAAAACAAGUGGAUGUUUCAAGCACUGCUCUAAACCAAAUUGGAGUUACCACAUUAAAAGGACCAGCUUCUCUGAGUGAGGGUGGUUGGAUUGUGUGGGAGCUCUGUGUAAGAGCAACACUGGGAAUAACCGUCCAAACCUCAGAGCACAGGCCGAGGUCAGCAGGACCUGGCUGGAAUCCUAAGCUAGGGUCUGUGCUUCCCAGUGCUUUGGGGACCUUGCAGGGGAACCGCGUAGCUGUGGUUCUGCACCAAGCUUUGCUGCUCUAGAACUUCCUGUUGGUCGUUGGUUUGGUUUUGGUUUUGUUUGUUUUUUUGUUUUUAAACCAAGUCUGUCUAGGUAGACAUGGCUGUUCUUAAACUCAUGAUCUUCUGCUUCAGCUGUUACACAUAUAUGCUACCACAGCUAAUUUUCUUUCCUAGAAUUUUCAUAUCACAUGUUCAGAUCUAACACCUGUGGGAGUUAUUUUGGGUCUGCUGGGCCCAGAGCCAGUUCCAUGAAUAACACUGGCCAGGUUUCUUAGGCGCUUUGAGGCUCCUGGUUCUUCAGACCAUCACACUCCUCCUGACCAAGGUGAAGUUGGUUGGCAGAGAAUGAAGUACCUCUCCAGGGUCAGGCCCUAACCACAUCAGAGCAGCUCUGAAGAUCCAUGCAGAGCCCACCUCUAUUGCCUCCUAGCCCCAUGUCAAGUACCAAGCUGGGUAGCUAGGAUCAGAAGAGAGGAUUCACAGCUCUGAGGUCACUGGCCCAAGCAAACUAGGUCAGUCUCUCUCCCAGGCUUUUGGUAGGCUCCCCCCUGUGUCCCAGGAGCCAUGUAAUUACCUCUGUAGUGCUGGCCUUUUCCAGGAGUAUGCUAUUCAUACAUAAACAUCUUUAUAUUACCUC